GUUACAGCUCCAAACACUGUAGCUUUAUGUAGUAAUGGAUGUAGCAGAAGUGCAGCCCAUACCAAGUGAUGACAACGAGCAAGUUAUUCGUCCUCGCCUAAGCUCAGAUCAUGAUAUCGAAUGGUGGAGGAAGAUAGGCUAUGGUGCCGGUCAUUUCUACAACGACCUAUGCGAUAGUAUGUGGUUCACUUAUUUGAUGAUUUACCUUGAACAAGUUCUCAAACUUCGAAGUUCUUGGGCAGGAUUGUUGAUGCUGAUUGGACAAGUGACAGAUGCUGUCUCCACUCCUCUUAUUGGCAUCGCUAGUGAUUCAAGUAUAUUACCAAAAAUUUUUGAUAAAAUUGGUCGGCGAAUGUCGUGGCACAUAAUCGGUACUAUCUUUGUAACUAUCUCUUUCCCUUUCAUAUUCAAUCGCUGCUUAUUCUGUUCGGACAAUCAGCCUGAGUGGUUGAAGGUUCUAUGGUUUGUUCCUUUUGUUGUGGUUUUCAAGUUCGGGUGGGCGUCGGUCCAGACCUCACAUCUAGCGCUAAUACCGGAACUAUCUUCACUUGAUAGUAGUCGAACUACAAUGAGCUCACGAAGACAUUCAUUCACCGUUAUAGCAAAUUUCUCAGUGUUUUUUAUUCUUGCUCAGUUUUUGUCCGAAAGUACGCAUCAGUCGCAAAUUGGGCCCGCUGACUUUCAGCAUUUCCGGACUACUGGUUUUUUGGUCGUAGCAGGAGGACUGGCAGUCACUAUGCUCUUCUACCUGCUUGUUCGUGAACCGAAAUUUGGUAGAAGGAUAAGUCGUACGCAUUUCUUUUCAUCGGAUGCAAGUGAACUUGUAAGAAUGCACUGGACAAGCUGGUUCGGCCAUAUACACUUUUAUCAGACUGCUCUCCUGUACAUAUUAUCUCGCUUAUACGUCAACAUCUCACAAGUUUACUUUCCGUUUUAUAUAACACUGACACAGAAUUAUGGGAAGGAAUACGUCGCUCUCUUCCCUAUGGUCUCCUAUUUUUCAUCGUUUUGGGUGUCAGUUUUCACGAUUCCAUGCUUCAAAAGUAUUGUUGUUAGAAAGUUUCUCCUCCCUCUUGGUUUAGCUUGUGGACUGCAUACAUGUGGCUGGAUGCUCUUCGAUCUUUCGUUAUAUCAGAUGUAUUAUGUUGCCACUUUGAUAGGUGUUACACAGGCUAUUCUUUCGAUAACUUCCUUGUCGAUUACUGCUGAUCUCAUAAAUAAAAAUACGGAAAGCGGAGCUUUUGUAUACGGUGCAAUGAGUUUUGUGGAUAAAUUGGCUAACGGUUUGAGCUACCAAAUUAUAGAAUUAUGGAAUCCAUGCGACAGCCCCACACAGCCGAAUCAGGCGUGCACGAGUUUUUACCGAAUUAUCAUGGUCUACGUCUUGGGAGGCUGUCUCGUACUAGUCAUUAUGGUUUUGCUGUCACUUAUUCCUUCACGCAUUAGACAACUUCUGAGAAGAGGGCGCAGCGACGAUCGAGUUGCCAUUUCGGAGGACGAGAAUGUCACUGCAGAAGAACAUCAGUGAAGUCUCCUCGAUUCGACACUCCAAACUAAAGUUCGAUUGGCCACCUGCUUUCUAUAAUCGCAGAUAAGGUGCUUCCCUGCUGCUUGGUGAUGUCAUUUGAUGGUCCGCACACUGUGCAUAAUCUCUUGUGAUGAUUAGUUACUUCUGAGUCGCUUUAUGAGUAUCUAAGUUCUCUUAGAAAUCGAACCGGUAUAGUUAUCAGCAUUAUAGUAUUAUGUUCCAUACUUUCUUUCUGUCAUAAUGGGUCUGUCUGUUGUGUCUGUGUUAUUGUAAUACAUUGCUGUC